AUGGUCGCCAUAAUCAUCAAUGGAAAGAUAUGGAUGGGAUCCAUGGGAAAAUCCGACCAAAAGCUGAUGUUGGUUUGGAACGAAAGUGAGGACAAAACUUUUCUUGAUGCAUGUAUCCAUGAACUAACCACUAAUGGUCGUGAGGGUUCUGGGCUUAAGGCUAGUUCAUGGAAGAUAGUACGCGAAAAAUUGAUGAACGAACACGGUAAAGAGGUUGAUCAGAAGCAAAUGAGAAACCACUUUGACUACUACAAAUCAAAGUAUGUUGCUUGGGUGAAACUGAAAAACAAAACCGGCAAUAUAUAUGACCCUAUAAAAAAUAAAUUUAACCUGACAGAUGAACAAUGGAAGGAAGAGGGGAAGUUGAAUAAGUUCGUGUUGUCAUUGAAAACUAAACCCCUUCUGUUUCCUGAUCUUUGCACCCAACUAUUUGAAGGGUCGACCUCAACCGGCUUUCAAAGUUGGGGGCCAUCUUCUACACUCCCUCAUCAUGUAGAAGAGUUUAGUGCCCAUGAUUUUGAUGAUGAUGUUCCAAUGGAAACCUCAACACAACACGUAGGUGCAAGUGAAGAAUCUUCGGGACGUUCAAAAAAUACAGAAGUUGGUGGAAACAAAAGAGUUGGUGGAAAAAAGAGAGAUGCAAGGGCAUUAGAAGUUGAAGAGGAGAUUGUCAAGCUUGCAAGGUCGUUAGUGGAAAAAAAUGAAAGAAUUGAAAAAAGUGAAAUGGAUAAGGAUGUUGAUGCGUGUAUGGAGAAAUUAAACAAAAUGGAAUGGGGAGAAGAAGAUGAAAGACACAAGACCGCUCUUUUGCUAUUUGGUGAAAGUGCUGAUGUUAGGAAAGUUUGGUUACGACUUUCACAUACUAGUUGUGAGUCGUGGGUGAUGGGUGCGGGUAGGAAGUAUGGUUACCUUUGA